CUUCCGCGUCGUCCUCUCUCGGCAGUAUGGCCGACGUCCUGUAGCCGUUGGUGUGUGAAUAUUUAAGAUUAUAGCUUUACACUUUAAAAACAAUGUCGUCCGUACUUUUCCUUAAAAAGUCGUUAAGCAGACUACCACCGAGUGUCGCUCGCCAGGUGGUCGGCUGUUGUUAUCACACCGAGAAAGGUGUUUACGGGUACCGACCCAAACACAACGAGAGCCCCCACAAGUUACAGAGCGACCGCAUCGCUGCACUGAAUCAAGAUCAUGGUCUUGCCCGUCUGGUGGAGGCAUACAGAGCACAUGGACACAAGGCUGCUAAAAUUAACCCCUUACUGCCCCAAAAGCCUGUUGCUGACAACGUCCCGGAGAUAAACAUGCUGACUGGCACCAUCACAGGACAACUCAACACCUCAGGUCUACAACAUUUUGGCAAAGCAGUGGCUUCAGUGGAGGAGGUUCAGGCCUACUUGGAAGAAGCCUACUGUGGCCACCUGUCAGUGGAGACCAGCCAGCUGAGCAGCCUGGAGGAGAGGGAGUGGUUCGCUGACCGCUUUGAGGAACUCAAGAAGAAGAGUUUCUCCACCGAGGAGAAGAGGCAGCUGGCCAAGAUCAUGCUGGAGUCUCAGGAAUUUGACCACUUUCUGGCCACCAAGUUUGCUACUGUGAAACGUUACGGUGGAGAAGGAGCAGAGAGCAUGAUGGGCUGCUUCUACGAGCUUUUCCGUCAGUCGGCCCACAGCGGAGUCACUGACCUUGUCAUCGGCAUGCCCCACAGAGGCCGGCUCAACCUCCUGUCAGGCCUGCUGAAGUUCCCACCAGAGCUCAUGUUCCGUAAGAUGCGUGGCCUCAGUGAGUUCCCCGAGAUCUCGCCUGCCACCGGGGACGUCCUCUCCCACCUCACCGCCUCAUUGGAGUUGGAUUUUGGAGCUGCACAGCCUAUUCGUGUGACCAUGCUGCCAAACCCAUCUCACCUCGAGGCGAUCAACCCCGUGGCUCAGGGCAAAACCCGAGCCAGGCAGCAGCUGAGGCAGGAAGGAGACUAUUCACCGGAAGAAAACGCCCAGCCAGGGGAUCGAGUUGUCUGUCUGCAGGUCCAUGGUGAUGGCGCUUUCACCGGCCAAGGGAUCGUUCCAGAAACGUUGACCCUUUCAAACCUCCCUCACUACAGAGUCGGAGGGAGCAUCCACCUCAUUGUGAACAACCAAGUGGGUUUCACCACUCCAUCCGAGAGGGGGAGAUCCUCUUUGUACUGUAGCGACGUCGGUAAGAUGGUGAACUGUGCUGUGAUCCACGUAAACGGCGAUGAUGCAGAGGAGGUGCUGCGAGCCACUCGGCUGGCUGUGGACUACCAGCGGCUUUUCAGGAAAGACGUCAUCCUGGACCUGAUCUGCUACCGUCAGUGGGGCCACAACGAGCUGGACGAGCCUUUCUUCACUAACCCGGCCAUGUACAAGAUUAUCAAAACACGUAAGAGCGUCCCUGACUCCUACUCAGACCAGCUGAUCUCUGAGGGUCUGAUGACCGAUGUGGAGCGCGACGAGAUCAAGUCCAAACACUACGGCAUGCUCAACGACAAGCUGUCCAACAUGACCCUGUACAGCCCGCUGCCCACCAACCUGCAGGGCCGCUGGGGCGAUCUGGCCGAACCCCAGGCCAGAGUCACCACCUGGGACACGGGCGUCCCCGUUCCCCUGCUGCAGUUUGUAGGAGCAAAAUCUGUGGACAUCCCUGAGCAAAUCCAGCUCCACAGCCACCUUAGGAAGACCCAUGCACAGGCUCGGUUGCACAAGUUGGAAGAAGGGACCAAACUGGACUGGUCCACCGCAGAGGCCUUGGCUUUCGGCUCUCUCCUCUCCCAGGGCUUUAAUAUUCGAAUCAGCGGACAGGACGUCGGAAGAGGAACGUUCAGUCAUCGACACGCUAUGGUGGUGUGUCAAGACACGAAUGACAUGUACAUCCCUCUGAACCACAUCAGCCCUCAGCAGACGGGUUUCCUGGAGGUGUGUAACAGCCCGCUCUCUGAGGAGGCGGUGCUUGGAUUUGAAUAUGGUAUGAGUAUCGCUCAGCCGAAGCUCCUUCCCAUCUGGGAGGCUCAAUUUGGAGAUUUCUUCAAUGGAGCACAGAUCAUCUUUGAUACCUUCCUCACUGGAGGUGAGGCCAAGUGGCAGCUCCAGUGUGGGAUGGUGAUCCUGCUGCCUCACGGCUACGAUGGAGCCGGACCUGAACACUCAUCCUGCCGUAUGGAGCGCUUCCUCCAGAUGUGUGACAGUAAAGAAGAGGGAGUGGACGGUGACAGCGUGAACAUGGCUGUGGUCAACCCCACCACAUCUGCUCAGUACUUCCACCUGCUGAGGAGGCAGAUGAUCCGUAAUUUCCGCAAACCUCUCAUUGUGGUUGGACCCAAGACACUGCUCAGAUUCUCUGGGGCAGCGUCCAGUCUGACUGAGCUGGCACCAGGAACAUCUUUCAGACCAGUGUUGGGUGAUACUUCCGUCUCCGCAGAAAGUGUCCAGAAGGUGGUGCUGUGCUCAGGGAAGCAUUACUACGCCCUGCUGAAACAGAGGGAGACAUCAGCAGCACACCAGAACACAGCACUGAUCCGUGUGGAGGAGCUGUGUCCGUUCCCGCUGGACGCUCUGCAGCAGGAGUUUAAAAAAUAUCCCAACGCCAAAGAGUUUAUCUGGAGUCAGGAGGAGCCACAGAACAUGGGUCCCUGGUCUUUUGUAGCUCCCAGGUUUGACAAGCAGCUGGCCUGCAAGCUUCAGUUAGUGAGCCGACCUGCUCUGCCCGCCCCUGCUGUCGGUAUAGGGAUGCUCCAUCAACAGCAGCAAGAGGCCAUCCUCACCGCUACCUUCUCCUAAAAGACUCAACAAGACUGGAAAAAACUAAACUAAACAGUUAACAAGUAUCAGCACUACACUGCAUACAGCCAUCUGCGUUGGUCCCCCAAACUCGUCGCUAAAUGUGCUGCACGUCAGAUGCCCGGGACCUUUUUUUAGACUAUAUGGAUGUGCAGUUAAAAAAUGUAAUUAGUUAAUAAUAUCAAGAACAAAUCAAAGGAAGCGUUAAAGAGAAUAGUGUGAUAUUUUUUAAAAGAGGUUUGUAAUUAUUAUGUUUAUGGUUUGAAGGAAAGGCCUGAAUUUCUGUCUGCUUGUUUCUCUUAUUUACUCUGCAUGUAUUCGUUAUGUGAGAUAAGAAAAAGGGCAACUGCUAAUGUGGUUCGGAUCUGAAUUGUGGCCUUAAGAUACAGCAUAUUUGUGAGGAGAUUUUAAAGAUCUUCAGUAGGAAACAAUGCGCUUAGAGCUGAGGAUUCAAAGUAUUCACAGGCGGUUUUAGCUCCGAUUGUCAAGUCUAACAGUAUAAUCUCAGGUUGCGGUAUAAAUUAUUAUCUGUGGCAGGAUUGUUCUGAACAGCUGCCGGUACAAUAAGAUGGUCAUGAGCUGAAUUUCAGGAUCUCAAGGUUUGAUAACGAUAGCGCUCAACAAGAGUUUUGAUUCCUGCAUCAACGGUGCACUGAUAACUUCUCGGGCCUGCUGGUUGACUCCUCUGUUACUGCGGCACCUCAUGCAUUCAGUCUCCACCAGAAAACUCAAUCUCAAUACGUUGUUGGAAAUAUCCUUGAAAUAUUUAUGUAGGAAGAAGAACAGGAGAACUUGAACUGGAUUUCUGAUGAAAGAAGAAAAGAGUUACCAUUUUGACUGUUUUUCCAACCUUGAGUGAGAUGUAUUUGGACAUUUCAUGGUACAAAUGUGUGCUUAUAAGUACUUGAGCAUGAUCUAUAUUUAAUUAUGGUUCAAACUGAGACUCUAAUAACAAAUAGGCAUUGAAGGGCUAAUGUAAAUAAACCAAAUCAGAUGGAUUUCAAAUGGAAAUAUUUUAAAAAAUAAAUCUAUUUUCACGUUUA